CGCAACCUGCUUCCACUGGGCUUGACAGAUGAUGUUGUGCAUUACUCAGCUACUGCUAGCAUCUGCUUUGUUUGGUUUCGUCUCAGCAGAACAUGAAUGGGAUUCUGCAUACCAGGUGUGGGAGAAUAGUUUGCAACAGUGCAAAGAUGGCGGAGAUGAUACUGGUUCGUACAUGCCUUAUCUGGAUGGUUCCCCUCCUGUGUCUCUUCCGGAAAUGGCAGUUGCAGACUGGGCAUACGGAAUUCGUGAGUGGAUCAAGGUCCUGGAGUUGAGUGGACCGUGUCUACCAACAAAUGGGUCUGGAGAAAUCAGCCGUUUGCAUUCACUUGUGGAUGCUGCUCAGUCACAUCCUAAUACUGCUGCAGAAAACGUUGCGAAAGUAACAAGUGAUGCAUACUUUCUAUGGGCUGGAGUUUUGUUUGCAUCUGGUCAGGGAGAUCAAGUUGUCAUUCCAGGAUACAGGAAGAAUUCUACAUUGCUGGAAGCUUUACAAGAUGCUCAGAGUGUGAUGAGGGAUGCAUUCAAUCAGUGGACGGUCAAUGGGAACUGUAGGGAGGUGAAUAUAUCACAGUGUGGGCACAAGUUGGAUAACUCAACGCUAACUACUGAUGAUGACCAGGAUAUAAGUAUCUGUGGUAACAUUAUAUUGGAAGGGUUAGAAGAAUGUGAUGAUGGCAAUCAUGCUAAUGGUGAUGGAUGCUCUUCGAGUUGCACACUAGAAAGUUGUCCUUCUGUUGUACCAACACCUUCAACACCUAAUGGUUUCUUCCCGGACACACAAAGUACCAAUACUAAUCCUCCAGCAGCUAGUGAUUUCUUCCCAGACACACAAACUGGCAAUCCUCCAUCUUCAUUUGGCAAUUUCUUUCCAGACACUACCAAUCCUCCAACGGCAGCCACAUCUAGUGAUUUCCCUCCAGACACACAAACUGGUAAUCCUUCAUCUUCAUUUGGCAAUUUCUUUCCAGACACUGCCAAUCCUCCAACGGCAGCCACAUCUAGUGAUUUUCCUCCAGACACACAAACUGGUAAUCCUUCAUCUCCAUUUGGCAAUUUCUUUCCAGACACUACCAAUCCUCCAACGGCAGCCACAUCUAGUGAUUUUCCUCCAGACACACAAACUGGUAAUCCUUCAUCUUCAUUUGGCAAUUUCUUUCCAGACACUGCCAAUCCUGCAACGGCAGCCACAUCUAGUGAUUUCCCUCCAGACACACAAACUGGUAAUCCUUCAUCUUCAUUUGGCAAUUUCUUUCCAGACACUACCAAUCCUCCACCGGCAGCCACAUCUACUGAUUUUCCUCCAGACACACAAACUGGUAAUUCUCCAUCUCCAUUUGGCAAUUUCUUUCCAGACACUACCAAUCCUCCAACGGCAGCCACAUCUAGUGAUUUUCCUCUAGACACACAAACUGGCAAUCCUCCAACUCCAUUUGACAAUUUCUUUCCAGACACAGACACUACCAAUCAUCCAGCUGCCACAUCUAGUGAUCUCUUUCCAAACACAGAAACUGGCAAUCAUGCAACGACUCAAUUCAAUAAUUUCUUUCCAAGCGUACAGCCAUUCCCAACUUCACCUCCCUGGGGUGUAUAUUCGUGUCCGGAUAAUUGCUAUUCAGAGAAUUCUUUAAACACUGGAACAGUUCGUUUAACUAACUUUGCUAUAAGAGGCAGUCAGUCAUCAGUUGAUCCAUUCUCCAUUAGAGCGAUGCAUAAUGGUCUGGCUGUGAUAGCUCAAGUUAUGACCACCAUACGUCGAGUUGCACCUCAUGAAAGCAACAGAAUGGCUCUAGAAAGACGACUAGCAGAAGUUGCACUAGAUGCAUUGAACCCAGCUGAUACUUUACGUGUACACAUAGAAGGAGCUUCUGUUUGGAUUCGACUUACUGGUGCUUGCUGUAAGCUUUCAGAGUGCUGUAUGUUCCGAUCUCGUCUUACAUGGCAGCCAGUUCGUAACUGGUUCAACUGUUUGCCUAUCAAUGGAACUUGGUUUGGUACUGGCGACCACAGCGCACUUGGCGCCAAUAUUUUUGGCUGUAUCAAGACUGCUCUGGCAACAAAUUUUGAGUGCCAUCCUUCAUUUUAUCGCACAAUAUAUUGGUAUAUCUGAACUUGAAUGGCUAUGUGCAUGCACAUGUUUGUGUAGCUGGAUCGCAGGUUUGUUUGUUUGUGCAUUGCGCUUUUGCUGAAAUGGAAAUGCUCUAAUUUGAACUGAUUGAAGAACAAUUUAUAAACAUGCUAGCAGCAUUUUAUUGAAAUAAAACUUUCGAAAUCUCA